ACUCUUCUAUAUAUAUAAUUAUAUUAAACCCCCUUUUUUCCAUCUCUUCAAUAAUUAUAGAAUAAGAUUAUGUUAAGGGUGGAGUUUCCUUAACACGAUAAACGGUAGUCGCGGGAGCUUUGCCCGUCGAUCAAACCAAGAUUUGGGGUUGCAAAAGAAAGUAAAACACGAUAAAAGAAAAAUAAGAUAAUUUGAUAUUUCUUGAAUGAUGGAAAGGAAUAACAAAGUCUCUAUUUAUAAUGCUAAAUACCCUAAUUUAGAGAAUAAGAAACUAAUUAUAUGAGAAAGAUAUAAUGCUCGUAUCAGAUUAUGUUCAAACUUUAGUCAUUCAUAUCUUCAUUGUUGUUAAAUUCUCAUCUUGGAAUUAAUUUCCACAGGAUAUAUAUAGGUUUACGGAUUUUCUUUUCAUUCUUGUGUUCUCUUUCUAACCAAUCCAUAUAAGAUUCUAUCCUAUGAUUCGGUUCCUUGCAAUUUUUUAUGUUGUUGGGGUUGAAACUAUCUCAGAUCAGAUAAUUAGAAAAUGUACUAGCAAGAUAUAAGCGGAUUCCUCCUGUAUUAGUAUGAGGCCUUUUGGGGAGUGACCUUUAAGUAAAACCGUGAGGGCUUUUUCCUUGUGCAGUUGUGGUUAGUUGUUGCCUCUGUGCAGUUUAGGGUCGUUUUAGUUGUGCUUGUUUUCAAAAUUGUGUGUUCGGUUUCUCAAAAUUUUAUUUGUGUGUUCGGUUUUCAAAAAAUUUAUUUGUGUAUUUGGAGUUCCUUGAUUAAUUGUGUAUCUUCGUGUUAAUGUCAUUUUCAGAAAGAGACGUCGUUUCAAAAUGGCAAACCCAGGUGUAGGAAUCACACCUUUUAAUAGAAAAAAAAAGAUUUUAUUUGGAAAGAAAAAGAUAAGUGUAUCUAUAUAACCAACAAAAAUAUCUUUUCAAAGCCGAGAGCAAUAACAGUCUUUAUGUGACUAUUGUCGUGCCCAUUAGCGAGCCUUUUAAAAUCAAUAAAACCAUCAUAUAGAACAAUAGGUUAGAGCUUUUCGUUUGUGAAAAAUUGGUAAAACUUGUUCUACAUGAGCAACCGUGAAAUGUUUAUGAUAUCACUUUUUAAAUUCGUGACAAAUAUGAUAAAAAGCAAAUAAAGAACCUUGUUGAUUUAGUUGUUUCAAGAAGGAUAUUGAUCAGCCUUAGGAAUAUAAAUAUUAUAAUAUUUUAGACUAAUUUUAAUAUUGAUGGAACCAAUAUCCUUACAUAAGAAAAGUGAAUGUUCAUAUAAUCAAUAAAAUUAAAUUUUAAUAUAAUCUCAUUUGUACAACUAUUUAAAUGAAGAUAGAAUUUCAACGAAAUAUACAGUAGUACUAGUAUGUGGUAAAAAAAGGUGGUGAAAGAGGGUAGAGCUAGAACAAUAGAAGCACAAAUCCUGUCCGUUCAUUUACAUCUUGAAGUGAGUUAGGGUUUAUCGGGGGAUAGGAUUUGAAUCGCUAUACUCCGAUGGCUAAACCCGCCCGCGGCCGCCCGGCGUCGCCGUCGGGAUCGGUUUCUCGCUCUUCCUCCCGCUCUCGUUCCCGUUCCCGUUCCCGUUCCAUUUCUCGCUCCCGUUCUUACUCCGGAUCAGGCUCCCGCUCCACUUCCAGGUCGCGCUCCCGCUCUAAAUCCAUAUCCUCCUCCUCUUCUCCUUCUCGUAGCGGCAGCUCCCACAGCCCUCCGCCGAGGAAAAGCCCUGCUGACGGAGUUAAGAGAGGUCGCUCACCUCCACCACAAACCAAGAAAUCUUCCCCACCUCCAAGGAAAGCUUCGCCUGCUCCUGAAUCUCUUGUGCUGCAUGUGGACCAGCUUAGUAGGAAUGUUAACGAAAACCACUUGAAAGAAAUAUUUGGUAAUUUUGGUGAAGUGGUGAAUGUACGGCUUGCAAUGGAUUAUGCUGUUAACCUUCCAAAAGGAUUUGCAUAUGUUGAGUUCAAGAUUAGGGCAGAAGCUGAAAAGGCACAGUUAUAUAUGGAUGGUGCUCAAAUAGAUGGUAAAGUUGUUCGGGCAAAGUUUACAUUACCUGAGAGAAAGAAGGUUGCUUCUCCUCCCAAAGCUGUUGCCACCACAUCAAGGAGAGAUGCCUCAAAAGCUGAAGAGACUGCUACGGAUGGUGAUAGAGAUGGAGGAAAACGUGCAAGAGAUGCUUCUCCUCGUCGAAAGCAACCAUCUCCUCUUCGAAGAAGAUCUCCUGGGCCACGAAGAGGAUCUCCUAGACGAGAGCAAGAUUCUCCACCCCCACCUCGUCGUAGAGCUGAUUCCCCUUACCGGCGAGCUGAUUCCCCUCCAAUCAGGAGAAGGCCUCCAUUGUCUCCUGCUAGAGGCCGCUCACCUUCUCCUCCGAGACGCUUCCGGUCACCACCAAGGUCAUCUCCAAGAAGAAUACGCGGUAGUCCUGUUCGUCGGCGAUCCCCUCCUCCACCUAGGCGACGUUCACCAAGGCGUCUUCGAAGUCCUCCACGAAGGUCUCCUGUUGGUCGCAGACGUUCUCGCUCUCCUAUUAGAAGGCCAGCUCGUUCGCCAUCACGAUCACCCUCCCCUAGAAGAGGUCGAGUGCCGCCUUCUAGACGUGGGAGGUCUUAUUCUUUGUCGCCUAGUCCGCGCAAGGGACCUCGCAGGGUAUCACGGAGCCGGAGCCGGAGCCGGAGCCCUCGAAGGCCUAUUAGAGGGAGGAAUGACAGCAGCAGCAGCAGCAGCAGCAGCAGCACCAGCAGUUCUCCUCCGCCUAAGCCAUAAAUCAUGAUACAAUCAAGCUGUGUUAGAGUUUCAGCAGUGCUCUAUAAUUUGGGGUUACUUUUGUAAUCCCUAGUUCGUGCCUGGAUGCUGUCAAUUAGACAUUUGUUGUAGUGAGAUACUAUUCUCCAAUGUAAUUUAGGGACCUGCUUGAAUGAUUAUAUUAAUGCCCUUUGCUGAUACUAAAAUAGGAGACCUCGAUUUGAGAUUAUGAAAUAAACGUUUAAUUACAACAA